ACGUUCUGAGAGCGUCACGGCUGUGCAGGGCUAUGAGAGAGAGCGAGCGUAUUUAGAGAGUCAGAGGGGGUUGAGGGAUAGAGAGAGAAUCCAGAAAAGAGAGAGAGAGCGUACUCUGAGGCAGCUCACACAGGCAAAAUGUCCAAGGGUCCAGCAGUUGGCAUUGACCUGGGCACCACAUACUCAUGCGUGGGUGUCUUCCAGCACGGCAAGGUAGAGAUAAUUGCUAAUGACCAAGGAAACCGCACAACACCCAGCUAUGUGGCCUUCACCGACACCGAGAGACUCAUCGGCGAUGCUGCGAAGAACCAGGUGGCCAUGAAUCCGACCAACACAGUUUUUGAUGCUAAGCGUCUGAUUGGUCGACGAUUCGAUGACCACGUUGUGCAGGCAGACAUGAAGCACUGGCCUUUCACCGUCAUUAAUGAUGGCGGGAGGCCCAAGGUUCAGGUUGACUACAAAGGAGAGACUAAGACAUUCUAUCCAGAAGAAAUAUCAUCCAUGGUCCUCACCAAGAUGAAGGAGAUCUCCGAAGCUUACUUAGGAAAGCCGAUCAAUAACGCAGUGAUCACGGUACCCGCAUACUUCAAUGAUUCUCAGAGACAGGCUACUAAAGAUGCCGGCACUAUAUCAGGACUUAAUGUCUUGCGUAUCAUUAAUGAACCGACUGCGGCCGCCAUAGCAUAUGGGUUGGACAAGAAGGUGGGUAGUGAGAGGAACGUCUUAAUUUUUGAUCUUGGUGGAGGAACCUUUGAUGUGUCUAUUCUUACUAUUGAAGAUGGCAUAUUUGAAGUGAAAUCCACAGCUGGUGACACCCACCUUGGUGGAGAGGACUUUGACAAUCGCAUGGUCAACCAUUUUGUCGGAGAGUUCAAGCGCAAGCACAAAAAAGACAUCACAGAGAACAAACGUGCCAUCCGACGGCUACGUACGGCAUGUGAACGGGCUAAACGUACCUUGUCCUCCAGCACGCAGGCCAGCAUUGAAAUUGACUCCCUCUAUGAGGGCAUUGACUUCUAUACUUCGUUAACUAGAGCGCGCUUCGAGGAGCUUAAUGCGGAUCUCUUCCGUGGAACUCUGGAGCCGGUCGAGAAAGCCCUACGGGACGCCAAGCUGGAUAAGGCACAGGUCCACGAUAUUGUUCUGGUUGGUGGAUCCACACGUAUUCCCAAGAUCCAGAAGCUCCUCCAGGACUUUUUCAAUGGGAGAGAACUAAACAAAAGUAUUAAUCCUGAUGAGGCUGUGGCCUAUGGGGCAGCUGUUCAGGCCGCAAUCUUGUCCGGAGAUAAAUCUGAAAAUGUUCAGGACCUUCUACUGCUUGACGUGACCCCACUGUCAUUAGGCAUAGAGACGGCUGGAGGCGUCAUGACUGUUCUCAUCAAACGCAACACCACCAUCCCCACCAAGCAGACUCAGACCUUCACCACGUACUCCGACAAUCAACCGGGAGUCCUUAUCCAGGUAUUUGAGGGUGAAAGAGCCAUGACUAAGGACAAUAAUCUACUUGGCAAAUUUGAGCUGACGGGCAUCCCACCGGCUCCUCGUGGCGUCCCCCAGAUCGAGGUGACCUUCGACAUCGAUGCCAACGGAAUCAUGAACGUGUCUGCGGUGGACAAAAGCACCGGAAAGGAAAACAAGAUCACUAUUACCAAUGACAAGGGCCGUCUGAGCAAGGAAGACAUUGAGCGCAUGGUACAAGAGGCCGACAGAUACAAGGCGGAGGAUGAGUCUCAGAGGGAGAAGAUCACGGCCAAGAACUCCCUUGAAUCGUUGGCUUUUAAUAUGAAGAGCACGGUUGAGGAUGAGAAGUUGAAGGACAAGAUCAGCCCAGAGGAUAAACAGAAGAUCUUAGACAAGUGCAAUGAGGUCAUAGCGUGGCUCGAUAGGAACCAGAUGGCCGAAAAGGAGGAAUAUGAACACCAACAGAAGGAGCUGCAGAACUUGUGCAAUCCCAUCAUUACCAAGCUGUACCAGGGGGCAGGAGGGGCAGGAGGGGCAGGGAUGCCGGGAGGGAUGCCGGGAGGGAUGCCUGGGGGCUUCCCUGGAGCGGGCGGCAGUGGUGCUGGUGGCUCUUCUGGACCAACUAUUGAAGAAGUUGACUAGAGCCAUAUACGCUCCAAUAAAGGAAGCUGCUGCCAUCAGAGCACCUUCCUUCCCCGUGCACUGCAGAAGAUAGGUUAUAGCCCACCAUAGGUCAUACUCUAUUACGUUAGCUCUAUUCAACACAAGAUGCUUCUCUCCCUAUGUGCCUCCGUACCGUCCACUCACCAAAAAGGAAUUAUAUCUCUAAACAUCAAGCUCCCAACACUUUCUGCUGUGUGCGUAUGGAACACAUAAGCUCCUUUUGUAUUCUGCUCUCUAAAACUCAACGCCUUUCAUUAUGCGAAUAAAAGGGUCCUGAAAGAUAGAAUAUUUUGCAGGUCAUAGCACCAAAUAAGAUGUAGGUUCCAUCAUAAAUAAACACAAUAGACUCACAUUCUUUUACUAACCUGAUUAAAAAUAAAUAAAUAAUAAUACAUCUACAUCUAACGUUUCUCAAGUAGAGGAACAUGUUUCUUAGUGUAAGGAAAAACAAACCCAAUGUUUAUAUUUAUUGUACUCGGAUUCAUUUCCAUUCUUCAAAAAGUUGCUGUUCACCCGACGGAAAAGAGGUUGCCAAUCAGAAUAGAACGGGAUUCUGCUUCCUUCAUGAACGACUUUGCCUACUCUGCGAAAUGUCUAUAAGCGAAUCUAUAGCCCAUGUGCCAUUAAAACCCUCUCAUAAUAAACAGAGUAUAUAAAAGA